AUGGGCCAAAUUGAGCCUGAAUCGCCCAACCAUCAUCAUUACGCGGUGGAUACGACCAGGGUGAAUGUGACGAUGGCCCUGCGUUUCACUGAAAUUUUGAAUAAGGAUCUUGGCUGUGUGGAGGGUUUGGGGCUGAUUGGUGAUUUGGCUGAAAAGGAAGCACUGCCAGGAGAGCUCGGUGUGUCGGUUCGCACAUUCUUAAAUCAGCAUAUAACGUGUUGGGUGGAAGUCUGUAUAAGAACGGAAACGUACAUUAGCGUAUCAUUGUUUCCCGAGUGGGCCAAGUUGAGUGUUGAUCGCUGUUCAAAGGAAGACAUUCACCCAUUAAUUCAAGUGCUUGACGAAGUGAGAGCGAAUGAAGCCUUCUUUUCAAGAUUUCAGGAGGUGGUAUCACUGCACAAACUAGGAUGUCAUUUCGAAGUGCUCCCACUCCCUGUGAUUGAAGAAAGUGUGAAGCUCUGGCAUGAACUUGUUGCUGUUCAUCUGACAUCAUAUACCCCAGAUUUGGCUCGGUCGCUCCGGGGUCUUAGGGUACCAUUGGGCAAUAUGGGCUGUCAUUCCAAGGUGCUCCUGGUGAUCAAAGAAAGCAUGAAGCUCUGGCACAAGCUCCUUGCUGUUCACCCAACAUCAUAUUCCCCAGAUUUGGCUCAAUCCUCAUAA